AUUCUGGUUGCACGCCGCUAUGCUAGCUGGAUAUAUGUGAGUAGUUUAGGGACAUACCUGGUUCAGCUCAUGAAUAAAACGUUAAACAGCUGCUGGUUGUCACCGCUCGGCUCAGUGAGACAGCUAGCUUCCCACUAGCGAGCUACUAGCUUGCUACACUACCGCUCUUCUGUCGGCUCCUCUGGAUCGGGACUACUGGAGAACACAAGGAUCAUAAAAAUGCCUCAAGCAGCGGCCAUCAUCAGUGGGAUCCAAAAGAUGGUUUUGUACGAAACCAGAGCAAGGUAUUUUUUGGUGGGGAGCAACGAGGCACAGACCAAACACCGAGUCUUAAAGAUUGACCGCACAGAACCCAAGGACCUGGUCAUAAUUGACGAUAAGCAUGUGUAUAACCAGCAAGAGGUGCGGGAGUUGCUGGGCCGCCUGGACCUGGGCAACCGCACUAAGAUCGGCCAAAAGGGUUCCUCAGGCCUGUCCAGGGCUGUCACAGCCUUUGGCAUCGUGGGGUUCGUACGGUUCCUCGAGGGGUACUACAUUGUGUUGAUCACCAAACGCAGGAAGAUGGCUGAUAUCGGGGGCCAAUCCAUCUACAAGAUUGAAGACACCACUAUGAUCUACAUUCCCAAUGACUCGGUCAGAGUCACGCACCCUGACGAAGCGAGAUACGUGCGGAUCUUUCAGAAUGUGGACCUUUCCAGCAACUUCUACUUCAGCUAUAGCUACGACCUGAGCCACUCGCUGCAGUACAACCUGACUUUGCUGCAGAGACCUUAUGAGCUGUGGUCAUCAGCAGCUUCCUCCGGUGAAGAAGAGGUUCAUACGCAGAGCAAGCAGGACAGCUUUGACAUCUUUGAAGACGAGGGCUUACCCACACAAGUGGUCUACGGCCUCCAGAAUGAACCGUACUACAAGUACGUGUGGAACGGGAAGCUCCUGGAACGUGUCAAGGACAUAGUGCAUCCUGAUUGGCUCAUGUAUAUAAUCCACGGCUUCUGCGGCCAGUCCAAGCUUCUGAUCUACGGCCGACCGGUUCACAUCACUCUCAUAGCCAGACGCUCCAGCAAAUUUGCCGGGACCCGCUUCCUGAAAAGAGGAGCCAACUGCGAGGGUGAUGUGGCUAAUGAGGUGGAGACUGAACAGAUCGUCCAUGAUGCCUCGGUUAUGUCUUUCACAGCAGGGAGCUACUCCUCAUACGUCCAAGUGCGAGGUUCGGUCCCGCUCUACUGGUCCCAGGACAUCUCCACUAUGAUGCCAAAGCCCCCGAUUCGACUGGACCAAGCUGACCCGUACGCCCAUGUAGCCGCCCUCCACUUUGACCAGAUGCUGCAGCGCUUUGGCUCACCGAUUAUCAUCCUCAAUCUGGUCAAGAAACGUGAAAAAAGGAAACAUGAGAAGAUUCUGAGCGAAGAGCUUUACCCUGCUGUGAUCAACCUAAAUCAGUUCCUCCCUCCAGACCACUGCAUCGACUACAUCGCUUGGGACAUGGCUCGCUACACCAAGAGCAAGCUGUGCAAUGUCCUGGACCGCCUCAGUAUGAUAGCCGAGAACGUGGUCAAGCGAACGGGUUUCUUCAUUAAUCGCUCCGACUUCUACUGUCACACCCUCAGACCAGAUGACAGGUGGGGAGAUUUAGGUGGACACAUUGCAUCCAGUGGACGAGUGCAGACCGGUGUGUUGCGGACCAACUGCGUGGAUUGUCUGGACCGGACCAACACUGCCCAGUUCAUGGUGGGCAAGUGUGCACUGGCCUAUCAGCUCUACGCACUGGGAAUGAUUGACAAGCCCAAGCUCCAGUUUGAUACCGACUGUGUCAGGUUGUUUGAGGAGCUGUAUGAGGACCAUGGAGACACUUUAUCACUGCAGUACGGAGGCUCACAGCUGGUCCACAGGGUCAAGACCUACCGCAAGAUCGCACCGUGGACGCAGCACUCCAAAGACAUCAUGCAGACGCUGUCACGCUACUACAGCAAUGCCUUCUCAGAUGCUGACAGACAAGAUGCCAUCAACUUGUUCCUCCAAGUUUACCAGCCAUCAGAGACUAAGCCGCACCUUUGGGAGCUGCCCACUGACUUCUACCUGCAUCAGAAGAGCACCAUGGCCCUGCCCCAAGACAGACGCAGCUACACACUGUGGUGGUCGAAGGGAAUCCUGUCCUACCUUCCUGUAGCCUAUGAUGAAGUCCCCUGCGACGACACCAUGAAGAAGGUCGACGUAAAGAGAGUGAACCGCUUCGAUGAGAGCAUCGACAUCUACACGGAGUUCUUCAAACCUUAUGAGCUCACCUGCUUCGAUGACACAUUUUGCGUUGGCAUGACCAACUCUGCAAGGGAUUUUAUGCCCAAAACAGUAGGAGUGGAUCCAAGCCCAUUCACAGUUCGUAAGCCGGAGGAAACCGGAAAAUCAGUGCUGGGCAACAAGAGCAAUAAGGAAGAGACGCUGCUUCAAAGGAAGACCGCAGCCAGCGCACCUCCUCCCCCGAGCGAGGAGGCCAUCUCCAGCACAUCAGAGGACGACUCCGAGGAGGACCGCGACGACGAGGGCUCCGUCUCCCAGCGAUCCACCCCCAUCAAACUGCUCACGGAGUCGGGAGAGAGCAGUCGCGCUCAGGAGGAGAUCCAGCAGACAGUUAAGGAGCCUUAUGGACUCAACUUGGCUGAGUUUCCAUCUGAGGAAGACGUCUUCAUUUAUAAAAGGUUUGCACACCUCGGGGAGAGUCAGCACACAGUGGAGAGAACUCAGCACAUCAAGUUGGCAAACAUCAUCUGUUUAGAGCCGGUGUCCUGCUUCCCGGAGGACAGCGUCUACGCCGUUUGCCCGCCGCAGGUCGACAGAAACAGCCACGACGUGUUCGAGAGCCAUGUGAUGAUGGGCCAGGGCCAGGUGAGGGCGCUGUGCCGGGAGGACACGCUGAUGUACAGGGAGUACGUGAAGAACAGAUACAUGUGAGACGCUCGUACCAGGAAGUGGACGCUCUGUUAGCGGCGCCAGCGUCCAGGAUUGGUCGGCUGUGACUCAGCGACGGCAUUCUGAAGGUUUCAGCUUCGAGAUGUUUGUUUAUUUUAUUACUUAGCUCAACUUUUUAUGUUGCCACUGAUGAAGAUAGCGGUGCACGACUGACCUGAACGCCGGUAGUAGGUUUCAGUUCUGCCUGAUUGUGAUUUUUUUGUUUUUUCUUUUUUUUAAUGAAAAUAUUUAGCUUUUUAGUUGUUUUUUUGUUUUUUGUUUUUUUAAAAUGAAUGCAGACAUGCCUUAUCAGGGUAGCUAUGUGCUGCUUUUUACUGUUUUUUUUUUUUCUUUUUGUCUUUGGUUCAAUUUUAAUUGCAGCUUUCUUUCUUUUUUUUUUUUUUAAAGAUGAUUUAUUUAACUGUUCACAAAUUUCAAAUAUGCAAGUUGAUGUAAUAAUUUUCAAUUUUAAAUGCUGGAACCUUUGAUUAGCUUCUCUGUCUGUGUUCAAAGUUUGGGAAUAAACACGGCCGGGCUUUCGGCAUUUUAAGCAGAAAGCCUGAGUCGUACAUUAAAAGGGGGUUGGGAAGUGGUUUCUGAUGCAUUAUGGGAAACGUGGGAUCCAUGCGAGGUACUGAUUGUGCUGAACGACGUGAAACCUGCUGCUGCUCAACCACUGUUCUGUUUGUUUCGUAUUAAGACUUAAUCACUCUUAAAUUCCACCUUUUUAUUCCUUUUGCUAAAUACUUUUCAUGUCAUUUGAGAAAUCUGUUUUUAAAAGGUCAAUUUUUUCCUCUUUAUUUUUUUAUUUUAUUUUAAUCAAAAACAAUUUUAUAUUUCAGCUGCAUAAAUCCUAUAUUAGUGCACCAUGCAGUUGAAAUGGAUUAUUAUGUUGACACAAUGUGAUAUUUGUUUAUUUAUCAGCCCUCUCUGACUGAUUUUCUUUCUUGUAAACACACGUCUGAGCUGUCGGCUGGUUACGGACACAAGUUCUGCAUUAAACAUUUAUUUAUUACCGAGGUG